AUGUCUGUUCAACCUGCUUCCAAAAUCAAUAGCUCCACCUUUCUUCUUACGGCUUUUUCUGGUCUGGAAAAGGAUUACCCUUGGCUCUCCAUCCCUUUCUCCUGUGUCUAUGCGAUUGUACUCUCUGGGAACUGCCUGGUGCUGCAAGUGAUCCGAACAGAACCUAGCCUGCAUAAGCCCAUGUUCUACUUCCUGGCCAUGCUGGCUCUCACCGACCUGUGCAUGGGGCUGUCCACAGUACACACUGUGUUGGGGAUCCUAUGGGGCCUCAGCCGGGAGAUUAGUCUGGAUGCCUGUAUGGCUCAGGCCUUCUUUAUUCAUGGUCUAUCAUUCAUGGAGUCUGGAGUCCUUCUUGCCAUGGCUUUUGAUCGUUUUACAGCAAUCUGUAACCCUCUGAGGUAUACAUCUAUACUAACCAGUGCCAGGAUCAUCAAAAUUGGGCUGGGGAUUUUAGUUAGGAGUUUUGUGUUCAUCAUUGCUCCCAUAGUCCGCCUAAAAUUUUUUCAUUACUGCCACUCCUGUGUCCUCUCUCAUUCUUUUUGUCUACACCAAGACCUACUGAGAUUAGCCUGCUCUGACAUCCGCUUCAACAGUUUCUAUGCCUUGGCUUUGUUGAUUUGUACACUUUUGUGUGAUUCUGUGUUAAUUCUCAUAUCCUACAUUCUGAUCCUGCGCACUGUUUUGGUUAUUGCAUCCCGGGAGGAGCGACUGAAGACCUUGCAGACCUGUGUCUCCCACAUCAGUGCUGUCCUGGUUUUCUACAUCCCAAUCAUUGGUCUGAGCAUGGUGCACCGCUUUGGGAAGCACCUCUCUCCUGUGGUCCAUGUCCUCAUGGGCAACAUUUACAUUAUCUUCCCACCUCUGAUGAACCCCAUCAUUUAUAGUGUCAAGACCCAGCAAAUCCGAGACAGAAUCCAGAAGUGGUUCACUAAGAAAUCCUGUAGAUAA